GGGCUCGACAGCUGUGCUACAGCACAGAGCAAUAACCCGCUUACCUUUGCCAUGCAGGUAUUCACGCUCGCUAUCUCGCGCGUGCUGUUGCCUGCCUUAUCGUUCGCCACCACCGAGACUGCGUCGACAUGCCGGUCCCAAGGAAAUGGCUGGAAAACUCAAGCCUUCUACCGAACAACGCCCCUUACCCAACCGGUAGCCAGUACCUCAACCGACCAGAUGGCGCUAACCCUGGAACACUCGGUCCUCACUUCACCGUGGGAGGCCGCAUCGCCUGGAACAUCAACCUGUUCGUCGCCUACAAGAGAGCUGCGAUCAACCGCGGCGCUUCGUGGGCUCGACAGCUGUGCUACAGCACAGAGCAAUAACCCGCUUACCUUUGCCAUGCAGGUAUUCACGCUCGCUAUCUCGCGCGUGCUGUUGCCUGCCUUAUCGUUCGCCACCACCGAGACUGCGUCGACAUGCCGGUCCCAAGGAAAUGGCUGGAAAACUCAAGCCUUCUACCGAACAACGCCCCUUACCCAACCGGUAGCCAGUACCUCAACCGACCAGAUGGCGCUAACCCUGGAACACUCGGUCCUCACUUCACCGUGGGAGGCCGCAUCGCCUGGAACAUCAACCUGUUCGUCGCCUACAAGAGAGCUGCGAUCAACCGCGGCGCUUCGUGGGCUCGACAGCUGUGCUACAGCACAGAGCAAUAACCCGCUUACCUUUGCCAUGCAGGUUAGUAAACCAUACGCUCUGUUCUCAAAGAAAUCAAGCAACUACUUUUUGCUACAGCUGCCGAGCCCACGGUGCUGCUUUUUAAUUGUUGUUGAGUGUACUGACGUCAUUCGUUCCCUGCUCAUGCAAUCGGGCGACGUUGAGUCAAAUCCGGGUCCUAACACAACCGCUAUACUCGACGAAUUGCAUAAAAUAUCAGCUGGUCAGUCCAAACUAAUUUCUGAAGUAAGUAACCUGAAAGAUCAACUUCUAACCACAAAUCAAACUAUCGCCCAGUUGAGCCAGCGGAUGAAUGAUGUUGAAAAACAUUGUCAGAGCCUUACUUUGCUUCGCACAGAAAUAGACAACAUAAAGUCCAACACUGCCCAGACAGCUCGACAAGUAUUCGAACUCGAGGCACGUCUUGACGAUGCCGAAAAUCGAUCCCGGCGAAACAACUUGGUAUUUUAUGGCCUGCCCGAGCCUAGUAAUUCAGAAAGUUACGCCCAAACCGAAGAAUUGGUCAUACAGCACUGUCGUGAGCACCUUGGCCUUACAAUAAAUCCAAAAGAAAUUGAAAGAGUUCAUCGCCUAGGCCGUCACCCUAUUGAGCGCGGCCGCCCUAUUAUCGUUAAGUUUAGCUUCUACAAAAUGAAAGAAGCUGUUCUUUCUAAUGCUCGAAAAUUAAAAGGAACUAAUUACAGUAUCGCACAGGACUUCUCCCGCUCUGUCAGAAACGCUCGUAAGCAUUUGGUUGCUUUUGCCAAAACUAAAUCUGCUCGUUUCCAACUGUCUUACAAGACACUUUCUAUUGGCUCAAAGAAAUAUAUUUAUGACGAAGUCUCGCAAACUGUCAAAGAAUUCAAAUAGCAAUCAACGGGCUGUAAAAGAAAGCAAUCGCAUCAUAGCAAAGUUCCUCGGGCUAACCUUACAUUGUCUGUAAUCUUCACUAAUAUUCGCAGCUUCUUGCCGAAGCGUCAGCUUGUUUCAAAUGUUGUCUUAUCGUCUACCAGCAAUGUGCUCAUAUUAACUGAAACGUGGCUACAUAGCAACAUCAGUGACGAUGAAGUUCUAGCCGACCUGCCUAACUUCUGUAUUUAUCGCAAAGAUCGCAAAGAUGGACGUGGGGGUGGGGUCCUUGUGGCAGUGAAUCAGCAACUAUCAUCUUCAGUAUUCCACGUCGAUUCGGACAUUGAAAUAUUAUGGAUCAUCUGCCGCGCGGUGCCGCGAACCGUACUUUUAGGCGUUUGCUAUAGGCCGCCCCAAAGUAACCCCGAUUUCCCGUACAAACUGAACAGCAUUCUAAACACUCUUACAAGAGUGCAUCCAAAAGCUGACAUCGUUCUCUUCGGGGAUUUCAAUUAUCCUCACAUUGACUGGCGUAACUACACAACUUUAACAAAUAGCCCAGAAGCAACUAACUUUGUUGAUGUGUGUCUGAACUUCAACCUCUCACAGUUGAUAACUGAACCAACGCGUGUCGCACAGAGCUCGUCAAGCAUCCUAGAUUUGAUACUAACAAACAACCCCGACUGUAUGACAUCCAUAACGCACUUAAGGGAAAUAAGCGACCACAAGGUUGUUCAUGCAACCUUUAACUUUGCCCCGCUAGUAUGUGAAACCUACAAAAAAACAAUUCGACUUUAUGAUAAGGCCAAUUAUGAAGCUAUCAACAGUGAGCUAACCCGCUUUUUCCCGGUAUUUGAGACGCAAUUUAGUAACCAUCCAGUGCAAGAAAACUGGUUGCUUUUCAAGAGCAAAGUACUAGAGCUAAUUGAUAAGUAUAUCCCGGUAUGUAGUUUCCGUGCUAAUAAAAACAAACCAUGGUUCAACAAAUCACUGAAGCGACUAGAAAAUAAGAAAAAAAGAUACUUCCGAGCUGCUAAACAGAGCAACAACCCACUUCUGUGGGAUAAGUACUAUUCAGCAGAAACCGAGUACCUCACGGCAAUACAAAACGCUAAGUACAAGUUUUUUCACAAUGACCUUCCUUGUAUGCUAACACAAAAUCCUAAACAAUUUUGGCGGGUGAUUAACCCAGAACAAAAACACACGAUAACACUAGCUAAUGAAAACAAUGAUGUUAUAAGUAAUGCAGAAUGUGCGGACGUAUUUAACACCGCAUUCGCAAGUGUAUUUACUAAUGAUCGUGCAAUGCCUCCGAUUGUACCAAGAUCUCGGUGUAUUACCAGUGAACUACCAAUGCCUGACAUUGUAUUUUCCAUUAAUGGCAUAAUAUCUUGCAUAGAACGUCUCAAGUUAACAUCAUCAGCUGGUUUUGACGAAAUUAAUUCGAAGUUUUUACUUAAUACUAAGAACAUUUCGGCUGCUUUCUUGUGUCUUUUGUUUUCUCAGUCCCUUUCUACAGGUCACUUGCCCGAUGACUGGAAAGUGGGAAAGGUCGUUCCCAUCCAUAAAUCUGGCAGUAAGCAGUCACCAUUAAAUUAUCGUCCAAUCUCGUUAACAAGUAUACCAUGUAAAAUCAUCGAACAUGUCAUUUAUUCACAAAUCAUGACCUUCCUAGACUUAAAUAAUUUUUUUAAUCCUUCACAGCACGGUUUUCGCAAAGGUCUAUCCUGUGAAACUCAACUAGCUAACUUCCUCCAUGAUUUACACUUAAACUUAGACUGUAACCAGCAAACUGAUGCCAUCUUUUUAGAUUUCGCGAAAGCGUUUGAUAAAGUGUCUCAUCAGCUCCUUCUUUUAAAACUUUCUAGCCUAAACAUUAACCCUAAUGUUCUUAAUUGGAUUGCAGCAUUUCUGAGGGAUCGCUCCCAAUCAGUUUUUGUUAAUGAGUGUGUUUCUAAUCCUCUUCCAGUUACGUCCGGUGUUCCCCAAGGUUCGGUGUUAGGUCCUCUACUGUUCCUAAUAUACAUUAACGACUUACCUUUACACGUUUCAUGUCACAUUCGCAUGUUCGCCGAUGACUGCGUCAUUUAUCGUACUAUUACUAAUCGAUCUGAGCAGCGAGCACUUCAACAUGAUCUUAACUCUAUUCAAGCAUGGUGUGACCAUUGGCUCAUGACACUUAACCCAACUAAAUGCAAAUCAUUAUCUUUCUCACGUCGUCAAAACCCUUUAACUUUUCCUUACACACUGGGUAAUGUUGACUUGGACAGAGUCGAAUCCUAUAAGUAUCUAGGUCUAACAUUGUCAUAUGAUCUAACGUGGGGUGCGCAUGUCACUAACAUAAUAGCGGGUGCUAACAAAUCACUUGGAUUUCUAAAACGUCAUUUACGUCACGCUCCCAAACGCCUGAAACUUCUAGCCUACAAAUCUAUUAUCAGGCCAAAGCUUGAGUAUGCCGCUGCCAUUUGGAGCCCGCCUCAGGCUUAUUUAACAAACUCACUUGAGGCACUGCAGAACCGCGCGGUACGAUUUAUUCAUUCAUCAUAUUCAUACCAUGUCAGUGUGUCAUUACUGAAAGAAGAAUCAUCUUUAUUAACUCUUGCACUUCGUCGCCGCAUUGCCACCCUAGCUCUGUUCCAUAAGUUUUAUUACAGAUCACGUGACCGACCGGAUUUUAUCACCACUCCAGCCCGCAUAUCUCAUCGCACCGGUCAUGCCUUACAAGUCACCCGUCCACGCAGCCACACCAAGACAUUUUCCGCCUCGUUCUUUCCACGGGCAUCAUCUGAAUGGAACGACCUUUCCCACAGCACUGCCGCCAUUACCUGCCCGAGUUUAUUUUUGCAAAAUGUAACGCAUUGCCUGUCUCGCAGUUAACACACAUGGUUAGCAUUUUUUGUAUAAUUUCUCUACAUCCACCCCUUAUGUAACACCCCCUAGUGGGGUCUUUAAGGUAAUAAAAUGAAAUGAA